AUGCCUGCCGCUGCAAACAACUGGAUGUCGCCGGUCGCGACGAACAGGCUCCACGCUCUCCUCCGCGGAACCUGCAACUCGCAGACCAACACGUGCGCCAUGGACGUCAGCAACGAGACCGAGCGUCUUGCCCCCCUGUUCGAAGUGGGCAUGCCCAAGAAGUUCCAGAUUAUCUGCGGUGGCGCGACCCAGCAGUGCUUGACGCAUGGCGCCCCCUGCACUUGGGUUUCGAACCCUGGUGGGCCUGCCAACUGCCAGUCGAAGCGCACUGGGUCCCCGGGCCUUAUCUGCCUCGGCGAGGGAUGCGCCAAGAUGGUCCCGAACUGA